GGUGAUGUGGCGAGAGAUCACAAGGCUGGGAUUUCGAUCUGUUUAACGUGGAUUUUUUAACACAACUAGAUUAUUAAAUAACCGCAGGACAAAACAGGGUAAGACAGGCGCAAAGCUAAUAUGGCAAGCGAUGGCACUCACACACUCUUCCACGCGGUCGGAAAACCAGAUUUGUCAAAGGUCUCGAGACACCUGCUUAUUGCGCUUUGUCAGGCAAUUUUAGCGUGGUCUGAACGGCCCCAUAGAUGUGUUUAUGCCGUCUUAGUAAAAAGUAGUCGUUACUUGAUAUCGCCGGUUGUUUCACGGUCGUUCUCUGAUCUGUGUUUAGUGUCAAAGAUAGACUCACGCGCCUCUGGUACAAUGGACAUCGGAGCCAAAGCUACAAAUGCGACUUUCACGCGGAACACCAGGGAGAACACUUUCUAGACGUGUGAUAUUACGUAAUAUCACAUUGUCCUUGAGCGAGUUAUUAUUUGAUUUGACUAUACUGUUCUGUUUAACAGAUGUGGUUGAUAGGGAAAAAACAGGAUUUGUGAACAACAGGCUGUUUGUUCAUGCUUCGUUUUGUCCCUGAAUCAAUAAAUGGUCUUGGUACGGAGUGGCAUUCUGUUUGAGUACGUGUGUAUACACACCCGGUAUGCCGCGGUCCAGGUACGUUGGUGUUGAAGGUUGGAGCAGUAAGCAGGUAGCCAACUGGUUGAGGGAACAGGGAUUUCGUGAAUAUGUGGAUCUCCUGUGCUCUAAGCACCGUUUAGAUGGAGCCAGCCUACUGUGCCUUAGUGAGACUGAUCUACGGUCCCCUCCACUGGAGCUUAAGGUGCUGGGUGACAUAAAGAGACUGAUGCUGGCGGUGCGGAGACUACAGAGACAGCACACGGCCCUUACAUGCUUGGGGUCAGAGGUCAGUACAUUGUCUCCUAUGAACACUGGGGGUACGGACCGUACCUUAUGUAACGGCUUCGCAGAACGAGGGUCAAGAGACUAUCCACACUGUAACGGGGUCGGGGCGGUCACCACAGUUGGCGGAGAACAUAGCAAUGGUUUCUCUAAUGGGAAACGUAAGCAGCAUUCUGGUCGGUUUGAUCCGGAGUACUGGAAGACUGCACUCGGCGCCCUCUAUUCCAUGCUGGUGUGUGGAGUGACGUCAUUCGUAAUGGUCCUAGUGCAUGAGAGAGUUCCUGACAUGCGGACGUACCCGCCACUUCCAGACAUAUUUCUGGAUAGUGUCCCCAGAAUUCCCUGGGCUUUCGCCAUGGCUGAAGCAUGUGGAGUGGUGCUGGUUUUCCUAUUAAUGCUGGUGUUGUUGAUGCACAAACAUAGGUCCAUUCUGUUUCGCAGGCUGUGUAGUCUGAUGGGGACAGUGUUCUUGCUCCGCUGUGUCACUAUGUUUGUCACUUCACUGUCUGUACCUGGUCAUCAUCUGCAGUGUUCAGGCAAGAUGUAUGGCGAUACCUGGGCAAAAGUGCAGCGUGCGUUGGACAUCUGGCGUGGACUUGGCAUGUCUUUAACUGGUGUUCAUACAUGUGGGGAUUACAUGUUUAGUGGACACACUGUUGUUCUCACCAUGCUUAACUUCUUUGUCACUGAGUAUACACCACGUAACUGGAACUUCAUCCAUACCAUGUCUUGGGUCCUAAACCUUUUUGGAAUUUUCUUCAUCUUGGCGGCCCAUGAACACUACUCUAUUGACGUCUUCAUCGCAUUCUACAUCACCACCAGACUGUUCCUGUACUACCAUACGCUUGCGAACACACAAGCCUAUCAGCACAGCCGCAGAGCACGUAUCUGGUUCCCCCUCUUCUCUUUCUUUGAGUGCAAUGUGACUGGACCUGUUCCAAACGUGUAUAGCUGGCCUUUCUCCAAACCUGCUUUCAUGAAGAUAAUUAUAGGAUAGACUGUGUAUUCAUGACAAGCUCAAACUGUGGCGUUUUUUCAUAUGUUUGUUGUCUUGGGUAUUAUUUAUUGUUUAUUUAUUGCUAUUUGUUCAUGUAUCUUUUCGCAACCUGUAUUAGUAAUAAUUUGUAUUCUACUGUAAAUCAGAACACUGUGUUGUUUUGGUGAUUUGCACUAAUUAGAAAAUUGGACAAUGGCUGCCUGUAUACCAAUUUAUAAAGCACAUACACAGGCUUCUUUUUUCUGUUGGAUAUAAUUGUGUACUUCAUUAAUAUCACAGUUUCUUUUGACUGUUUCUGGAACAAGAAUUAUCUAGUGAAGUUUUGAAAGUUCAACAAUUAAAACACCAGAUUUACAGUAUAUCACACUAACAGUUAGACCAUAAUAUUUCCACAUAAAAAACACUUGCAAUAUCAGAGGGGUUAAAAUUAUAGUGAGGAAAAAAUACAAAAAGAGCUUAUCUGUGUUGAAUCUUUAUACUGAUACCUCAAACUUUGACUUUCUUGUGGUGCUUUUAUUGUAGGGAUACUUCAUAAUGGUUCAUAUUUAAAGACUUCUAGCCACAGAGAUGUAAUGCUUAUUUAUUAAUGAUUUUGGCAUUUUGCUCUGAAUAAUUUACUUUUGUUUCAAUACUAAAAUGUUUAUGUCCUAAAAGAGAUUACGGUUACAAAAUGUUUUGCCAGUAUCAGCAUCAGUAUUAAUGACAACAGCCAAAGAAAUGAUCAAAACCUUUAUAUAGGCAUCAUUGUUAAAAAGGAGGUGAAGCAUUUUUGUUUAUCUGUAAGAUUAAUUACGCUUGUCAAGAUUUAUAAAAUGUUUUUUUUUUUAAGUGCAUGCAUGGGCACAUGGAAAUCAUGCGUUUGUGAAUGCAACUUCAUUUUAUGUCACUGUUUCUGUUUUGGUGUUUUAUAGAAAUGUUAUUUAAUGCCAACAAAAGUCUUAUCAAGUGACAGACCAGAGAUUAUUUUAUACAAUAAUAAAAUUUUACAGACUUAAACUCACAAAACAUUGUUGUA